CGCCACAUUGAUCUGACAUCAGAAUUCGCUACCCAUAUUUCAAUUUCAAUCUCAUCUCGCCGUUCUUCACAAACAACGUUGUUGAUACAAGUUUGGUCUUAAAACUGACAUAUCCAGAAACAAAACUAAUCAAUUUGCCUGACAAAUAAAAGAAAUAUUUGAAAAAUGAGAAGACGACCUGGAAUUGGUGGUUUACAGACGGCAGCUGCUGCAAGGGAUCAGUAUCGAUUACUGGGAGAAAAUGUAGCAAAGCUUAGAACUGAUCUCAUGAAAGAACAGCUUGCCACCUUUCGUUCUCAGCUUGAAGAGUUUGCUCGUAAGCACAAGAAUGAUAUACGCAAGAACCCUACGUUCAGGUCACAGUUUCAUGAGAUGUGUGCAAAAGUUGGAGUGGAUCCCUUGGCAUCUAAUAAGGGUUUCUGGGCGGAGCUGUUAGGGAUCGGUGACUUCUAUUAUGAACUUGGGGUACAAAUUGUUGAAAUUUGCUUGGCAACAAGACCCCACAAUGGAGGUCUGAUCAACAUGCAGGAACUCUGCAAUCUCCUCCGUCAGAAGCGAAAAAGUGACCGUGAAGCUAUAUCUGAGGAUGACUGCUUGCGUGCUAUAAGUAAGCUGAAGGUAAUGGGUAGUGGUUUUGAGGUGAUUUCUGUUGGAAAGAAAAAGCUUGUCCGCUCUGUUCCCACUGAGUUAAACAAAGACCAUAAUCAAAUUCUGGAGUUGGCCCAGGCUCAAGGUUUUGUAACUGUUGAUGAGGUAGAGAGACGUCUUUCCUGGACAUCUGGUCGUGCCAUUGACGCACUUGAUACUUUGUUAGAAGAAGGUCUGGCGAUGAUUGAUGAUGGCCACAGAGAUGGCAGACGCAGGUAUUGGUUCCCCUGUGUAUCUUCAAUCACCUCAUCAGUAGGGGCUGAUUCUUAGCAUAAAGUUUUCUCUUCAAUAAAAUUGUAUCAAAUCUUAAUGUCAUUUGUGGAUACCCAAAAGAUGAAGUGCAAAAAGGUAUUAUAUAUCUUCUUCCACUUUUGCCAUCGUACUCAGUAAUGAUGUUCAUGGAUAUAUGUUAAGCUUUUAAGCCAUUUCUCGCAUGAAAAUAUUAUGUCCCAUCUUUCAAGGUAAACAAGAAUAAAGACAGUUGAGAUGGAAAAAAAAUGAGUUUACGCAUG